AUGUCAUACAGUGAUGCAACUGCUGCUGCUACUACUGAGUUUGGUCCUCAGGUAAGAAGAGUGACGUUAGAGAAACAAAGCGAAAUAAGGAUCCAAGUGCCUCAGAUUUCGCCUCUCAAAAUCCGUGUGCUCUAUGGAAACGUAGAGAUCUUUGGCUCCGAGCUUCCACAAAACAUCUGGCUCACGUUUCCUCCUCUCCAGAGAUUCGCCGUCUUCACGUGGUAUGGUGCAACACUCGAAAUAGAUGGUGUCACAAAGACUGACACAAUAUCAGAUGAGACACCUAUGAUAAGCUAUCUUAAUGUGCACAACUCUCUACAAAUUCAAAGACAUCGGGUUACGUCCUCAACAAGAGAUUACGUUUCUUCACAGGGACCAAGGGUUAUCAUUGUAGGCGAAGACUCUGGGAAGAGCACAUUAGCUAAGAUGCUUCUUAGUUGGGCAGCAAAAGAUGGUUGCAAACCGACCUUUGUUGAUCUUAAUGUCGGACAAAGCUCAAUAACGAUAACAGGAACUAUUGCUGCUACCACUGUUGAAAUGCCGGUGGAUCCCGUUGAAGGACUUCCUCUUCAUAAGGCCCUUGUGCACUAUUUUGGUCACUCCACAGUGAUGAACAACAUCAAGUUGUACAAAUACCUUGUCGAAGAGCUUGCUCGAGAAUUAGAAGAAGAGUUUGCUUUAAACGGAGAAUCUCGACGUUCUGGUAUGGUAAUUGACACAAUGGGAUGGACCAAUGGUCUUGGUUAUGAGCUGCUUCUCCAUGCAAUAAGGACUUUUAAUGCAUCUGUGGUUAUCGUCCUUGGCCAAGAAACAAAACUCACCAAUGAUCUGAACAAAGCUUUCAGAUUCAAGAAGAAUGUACAAAUCUUGAAUCUUGAGCGGUCAUCUGGAGUUUUCCCCAGGAAUUCUGAUCUUCGCAAAACGUUGAGAAACAAUAGCAUUCAGAAGUAUUUCAAUGGAGCCAGAAACAAUCUCACGGCCUACACCAAAACCGCCAAGUUCAGCGAUAUGCAAGUUUAUCGAAUCGGUGCCUUGAUAGGGAAGUCAAGCUCUACUAAACACAAAGAAAAUUAUGGUAACCCUUUGAAGAUCACACCUGUGUUGAUUGAUAAAGAUCUUGUGAAUACAGUUCUGGCUAUCUCAUACGCCAAACAUCCUGAGCAUAUUAUCUCAAGCAUUGUUGCUGGGUUUGUGUAUAUUACGGAUGUUGAUCUUGGUGAAGAGGAACUUACCUAUCUCUCUCCAUCCGUUGCUGAACUUCCUAGCAAGAUAUUCAUCAUGGGGACUUUGACAUGGCACCAAACUUGA